AUGUCCUUCCUCCACAACCUCUUCAGUUCGCCCGCUAAACAUCCACCCACCAAGAAGCGCGAUAUAACAGACACGUCUACUUCGCGCUUGGGUGGGAAGGGUGAGAAGAGGAAGAGAGACGCGUAUGAUCCGGAGGAAUAUCAGAAUGCUGUUUAUGCUGGUGCUGGGGCGGUGGCGGUGAAUGGAGAUGAUGGAUAUGAGAUGGAUGAGGAUGAGCUGGAUGGGGAGGUAGCGGCAGCGUGCCAACUUCAAGACGAAGCUGAACUUGAAGCUGGAGUUGAGAUUGGAGAGGGUGAUGAUGGAGAUGACGAUGCUCGGCCGGAAGACGCUGGCGAGUACAAGCACUCAGGUAGCGAUAUCGCCAUCGCCGUCGAUGUGCACAGGCAGCGAAACCGAGACCGAAGAAGAUGA